AUGUUGAAAAGGUGUUUUGGUAGCCAGUCCGUGCAGAGCGUUUCUGGAGUGGGUAGGAAAGCGUUUCAGGUGACGACGUAUGCUAGAGCUGACGAUCUUGUCAUCUCGAGAGGGGUGAAUGCCAGGCUGUUCGACGAUGUGAACGGCAAGUCGUACAUUGAUUUUACCGCCGGUAUUGCUGUGACUUCGAUUGGACAUUCCAAUGCGGGUGUAGCUGGUGUCUUGGCGGAACAGUCUCAGAGGUUGCUGCACAGUUCUAACUUGUAUUACAACGAAGAAUGUCUGGGUUUGAGUCAGAAGCUGGUGCAAUUGACAAGGCAGUUUGGGGGCCAGCACGAUGCCUCCAAAGUGUUUUUCUGCAAUUCGGGGACGGAAGCUAAUGAGGCUGCUUUGAAAUUCGCAAAGAAAUACGGUGUUUCUCAGAACAAGAAUAAACAGGGGAUCGUUGCAUUCAAAAACUCUUUUCAUGGCAGAACUAUGGGAGCGUUAUCGGCUACUUACAACAGCAAAUACAGAGAACCGUUCGGAGAUUUGGUCCCGCAUUUCCGGUUCCUGGAUUUGAAUGCUAAGCUGACGUAUUUGCAAGACUACAUCCACCAAAACAGAGACUCUCUUGCAGGUCUGAUAGUGGAGCCUAUUCAAGGGGAAGGUGGUAUUUUCCCUGUCCCCACUGAGACUUUGCUUGGGCUGAAGAAGAUCUGCUCAGCUUCAAACGUGGUUGUUAUUUACGACGAAAUUCAAUGUGGACUAGGACGUUCUGGUAAGCUUUGGGCGCACUCGUAUUUGCCAAAGGAAGCUCAUCCGGAUAUGUUCACUGUCGCUAAAGCAUUGGGCAAUGGGUUCCCUAUUGCUGCCACUGUAGUUAACGAGAAGAUAAACAAUGCGCUACAAGUUGGUGAUCACGGCACUACUUUUGGUGGUAACCCACUGGGGUGUGCUGUCUCUAAUUACGUUCUGGAACAGAUUGCCAAUCCACAAUUCUUGGAAAAUGUGAAUAAAAAGCACGGACUGUUCAUCGAGAGGUUAUCGAAACUGAAACAAAAAUAUCCUGCCCAGAUUAACGAAAUAAGAGGUAAAGGAUUGAUGAUUGGCGUUGAAUUUAACGAAUCUCCUGCAGAAAUUGUCAAGAAAUGUAGAGAGCGUGGGCUGUUAGUUAUCACUGCCGGUAAGACUACCGUUAGAUUUGUACCAGCAUUAACAAUUGAAGACGAUGUUAUCAGCGAAGGUUUAGAAAUCUUUGAAAACUCAGUUGAUGAAAUAUUGGCUAAGAAAUAG